UUUCUAGUGGCUGCCGUGAGGGGACCGUGUGGCCGGCGGAGGUAGCGGCAAUAUUUUGACCUCCACGCCCCUCACGCCCUCAUCUUUUUUCCCCCGUGUGAUGCGAUAGGCCAGCCAAGAUGUCGCGAUCAUACCAGAGGCCCGAGAAUGCCCUUAAACGGGCCAGCGAAUUCAUCGAUGUGGGGAAACCUAACAGGGCCCUCGAGGUCCUUUAUGAGGUCAUCAAGCGUGGGAAGAUGCGCAACACCUACUCGGAGAAGCUGCUUGAGCCCAUCAUGUUCAAGUACCUGGAGCUGUGCGUGGACCUCAAGAAGUCCCACCUGGCCAAGGAGGGACUCUACCAGUACAGGAACAUCUUUCAGAGUGUCAACGUGUCAUCGCUGGAGACGGUGGUGCGGCACUACCUCUCCCUGGCCGACGAGCGCACCGAGGCCGCCCGCAAGGAGAGCCAUCAGGCCGUGGUGGACAUCGAUGACCUGGACAACCUGGCCACCCCGGAGGAGAUCCUGCUCUCGGCUGUGUCAGGGGAGGAUGCUCAAGAUCGUAGUGACCGCACCAUCCUGACUCCGUGGGUGAAGUUCCUGUGGGAGAGUUACCGGCAGUGCCUGGAGCUGCUGAGGACCAACUCUCGGGUGGAGCGUCUCUACCAUGACAUUGCCAAGCAGGCCUUCAAGUUCUGCGAAAAGUACAGCCGCAAGACAGAGUUCCGCAAGCUAUGUGACAACCUUCGGACUCAUCUGUCGCACAUCCAGAAGCAGCAAGGCUCGGCCACGGCAGUCAACCUCAACAACCCAGAGACUCAGCAGAUGAAUCUGGAGACUCGCCUGGAGCAGCUGAACUAUGCUAUCAAGAUGGAGCUGUGGCAGGAGGCUUACAAGGCCAUUGAGGAUAUUUCCGACCUCAUGAACAAGUCCAAGAAGAUGCCCAAGCCCCACGUGAUGGCCUCCUACUACCAGAAGCUCUCCUUGGUGUUCUGGAAGGCUGGCAACAUGCUCUUCCAUGCAGCGGCACUCUUCAAACUGUUCCAGCUCCUCCGAGACCAGAAGAAAAACAUUACAGCUGAGGAGGUUGGGAAGCGCGCAUCCAUUGUGCUCAUCGCGACACUGGCAAUUCCCCUGCCGUCCGCACAUCCCGAGUUUGACAGGUUCAUCGAGACAGAGAAAUCAGCCCUGGAGAAGAUUGACAAGCUGGCCACACUCCUCUCUCUCCCCAAGCCUCCUACUCGAGUCUCCCUCAUUCGGGACUUGAUCCGGUUCAACGUGGUGUCAGCCGUGCCUCAGGAGCUGCAGAACCUGUACAGGCUGAUGGAAGUGGAGUUUGACCCUCUGAACCUGUGCACAAGGAUGCAGAACAACAUUGAGUGGAUCCAGGAACACCCAGAGCUAGGCCUGACCCAGUACGUGACGGCGCUGCAGGAGAUGACGAUCACUCGCCUGGUGAAGCAGGUGGCGCAGCUCUACCAGUCCAUCACCUUCAAGCGCCUCCUCGAGCUCAGCGUCUUCGUCAGCGGUUUCCACCUGGAGCGCAUCCUCGUCGACCUGGUUCGCCACAACGACCUACAGAUCCGUGUUGACCAUCGAAGCGAGUGCAUCCACUUCGGGGCCGACCUGAGCGAGUCCCAGCGAGAGGACCUUCCAGAGGGCCCCAUGCUGCAGUCCCUUCCCUCAGAGACCAUCCGUUGUCAGCUGGUCCAGAUGGGGUCGGCGCUGCAGUCCUGCCUUAACCUCAUCGUGCCGGACAACAGAAAGAAAGAGAUGGAGCCAAUGCGUGCCCAGACCAUCCAGUUCUACCAGCAGACCAAGCAGCGUGAGCACAUCAAGAUCCUGCAGCGCCAGCACAUCAUCGAGGAGCGCAAGGAGAUGCUCGAGAACCAAAACCUUGAGCGUGAGGAGUCCAUCAGAAGGGCACAGGAGGAACAACUGAAGAAGCAGAAGGAGGAGGAGCAGCAGCGUCUGGAGCGUGAGGCCAGCCGUCGUGAGAAGGCUCGGCAGGAGGAGCAGCUGAAGCAGAUCCAGACCAAGCAGAUCAAGGACCGGCUGCUGCAGAUCUCCCAGACCUCCUACGGACAGAAGAUGAUGGAGAAGUUUGACGAGGAGGAACUGCUGAACCUUGGAGCCGAGGAGAUCCUUCAGCGCCAGGUGGAGGAGCUUGAGAAGGAACGCAAGGAACUCCAGCAGCGUCUCAAGGCCCAGGAGAAAAAGGUGGACUACUUUGAGAGGGCCAAGAGGCUGGUGGAGAUCCCACUCCUGAAGAAGAUGCUGGAAGAGGAGAAGGAGAAGGACAAAGACUUCUGGCAGUCCCAAGAGGAGGAGCGCGUCAAGAAGCUGGUCGAGGAGCACCAGGUGAGCCUCGAGCACAGCAACCGCCUCAAGCUCAUGCACACCGACCGCACCGAGUUCCUCAACCAGCUCAAGUCCUCCCGCCGCUCCGAGAUCGAGAAGAAGCUCAACGACUUCAACGCUCGCCUGGAGGUGGAGAGAAAGAAGCGUCUGGCCGAGAGGAAAGAACAGAGGCGUCGUGAGCGUCGUGAGACCUACUUCCGCAUCAAGGCCGAGGAAGAGCAGCAGCGGCGAGACGAGGAGAUGAAGAAGGCCAGGGAGGAGAAGGAGAGGCUGGAGCGUGAGGCGAGGGAGAAGGAGGAGCAGGAGUACAUGGAGAGGAAGGCUCAGUGGGACCGCCAGGCUGAAGUGCAGAGAGAGCGCGUCAGAGCCAUCGAGGAGAAACAGAAACUGGACGCCACCCGCUGGGCUAACGCACCCGACACACCCACCGAGGAGAUCAGCUGGAGGAAUCGCACAAGGGACGAGGAUGAUGGCAAGGACGAGGUAGAGGACUCCCCCUCAAAAGACAUCAAGGAAGAAGAGGAAGAGGAUGGGGGUAGCAUUGGCGGUGACAGCAGGGAGGGUAGUGGAAGGGAGCGUUCUGAUGUCUGGAGGCCUGGAGGAGGCUCAUGGCGUGAGAAGGAGCGUGAGAAGCUGGACGUGUGGCGUCGUAAGGGAGAGGAAGAGGCGGCUGAGGAGGAACCACCAGUCCGGGAGCCUCGCGACCGUGGGAACCGGGACAUUCGCAAGGACGAGCCCUUGCCACCGCCCAGGGACCGCGGGAACAGGGACAUCCGACGCGACGAGCCUCCACCACCCCCAAGAGAAUUCCGAAGGGACAGGGAUGACCGCUUUGGCCGCACCGACCGUGAGGACCGCUUUGGCCGCACCGACCGCGAUGACCGAUUUGGCCGAGGAGAGAGGGAUGACCGUUUCGGAGGAAGGGAUAGAGACAGGGAGGGAGGUUUUGCCAGCAGGGAUGAGCGUGCACCCUUCGGAAGGGAUGACAGGGACCGGGACAGGGACAGGGACAUGGGUGAUUGGCGUCGAGGGCCAGCCAGAGGAGGCGGCAGUGACUUUAGCCGUGACCGCCCCGAGCGUGACUUCGGGAGGAGCGACCGAGACCGCGACUUUGGCAGGGGAGACUUUGGCCGAGGGGAUCGUGACUUUGGCAGGGGAGGAGAUAGAGACCGUGACUUUGGCAGGGGAGGAGAUAGAGACCGUGACUUUGGCAGAGGAGGAGACAGAGAUAGGGAGUUUGGUGGACGUCGUGACAUGGGACGAGAUGACCGUGACCGCGAUCGUGGCUUUGGUGGCGGCCGUCGAAUGGACAUGGACGAUCGCCGUGCCCCAACACGUGCCGAUGAGGGAGGCUCCUGGCGGUCGGCUGCGCCCCCGCCAGUGAGAGAAAGGCCACGUCCAGAAGAACGUGAGAGACGCCCACCACCACCACCUGUGGAUGACCGUCCACGCGAGGAAAAGCCGCGUGCUAACCCCUGGCGCACACGGGAGGAACCACCAGCACCACCGCCAGCCAAGAAGGAGGAGCCCCGGGAAGAGAAGCCUCGCGUCCCCCGGGAGACGACGGACGAGGACGGAUGGACCACAGUGAGGCGCUGAGCUUGGGGUGCCAGCGUUACCCCGAGCAGCCGUGACGAUAGCGUUCCCUUGCACUGAUCUGUUUUGUACAUUGCCACUGGGUAGGAAAAUUUUGUUACCUGCUGAUGAAUUGAGGAAACUACUAAUACGACUUGGAUAUUGUAAAGUGCUGUGGUGCUACCAAUACACUGAGAAUUAUCCAGACAAAUGAAUGGAAUAGGAGGAGUAAUGAGUACUUCUGAACCUUUGUAAACUUAGCCAUUGAUGAUAUCCUUUGAGCUUAUACAUUAUAUGCUCAUAUUGUUACAUUUUAUUUCUGUUUUGUGUACUAAAUACCUUAAAUAAUGGGGUCGUUUCUUAUUGUAUGGUAAUUAAUGCAUUCAGUACCAUUAUACUACCUUAACUAAGGCCUACUUAAGGAGGUAAUGGUUGCUCUGCAGCUGACAUUUUUUCUCAUUAAGUGUGAAUCCCAUUCUCCUUAAAUUUUCCCUCCCUUAGUAUUAAGAUAAGAUGCUUUGUUACAUUAUUUGUAUUGCCAUAGUUGCUGAUUCCAGUGAGGGAGACGAGAGUGAGGGAGAGAGACAGAUUUGUGUGUCUGUCUGAGUAUAUAAAGUAAGCAUGUGUAUAUUUAACUGCAUAAACUGGUAUAAAUAUAAGCUUUUUUAUGAGAUCUUUGGGACAAUUGGGGGUGUAGGUAGAUUUCCAAAUGAGUGCAUAAGCAGGACAGGGGACAGGUGUAUAUCAUUAGUUUUUUCUUCACUCCACAGAAGGUUUUAAAGCAGGAAAGUGGAAGCCAGCCAUUAGUAAGUUAGCCCUUGGUUUUGAUGGCUGCCAUUGGUUUUCUGCCCCAGUAAAUAACUCUGCUUUUUAUGGCUUGAGAAUGUUGUAGUGGUCAUUAUUAUAUUGCCAAUAAAUGCUAGUGGUCCCA